AUGGCUCCAUCGUUCAUCUUCAGAAUCGACGAGAUGAAGAACAUAUCGGAACAGCAUGAAAGCCGAGCCAUAUACUAUCUUUGUGAUGGAAGGAAGAUCAUACCCUUGAGUCGGGCGACAAAAGGUCUUGCGGUUGGUGCAGCGACAGUGGCCAGCUUGGUCAUGAAUGAAUACCAACGUGCGGUAAUGGCACAACAACCAAGUACCGAACAGAGGUCUUCAAGGAUAUUACCUAGCUUUGUGUUAGGGUCGCUCUUCGGCCACGAGAAGGUGUCUAGCGAGUCUGGACAAUCAGUCAGUAUACUCCAAGAGGUCAUCAGGACUGUGAUAACAUUUGAACAGCAACCGCAGCGUCUCCUAGACAUCAUUCCCAACCCCGGUCCAGUUCAUCUUGUAGUCGCUUGCUUAGUCUACAGCGCCGCGAUCAACGUGUUCUACCACAUCCACAAAAGGGACAGAUAUCAGCUCGGAAUAGUUGCGUGCGGAACCAUCAGCGCGUUGGCUGUAGGUUGGGCAUCGAAACAAGAUACAAAGGAUGUGAUCACAGGUCUGGGCACAUGGGCGGUCAUGGCGUCGCUGCUGCUGAGCGCUGCCUUUCAUAAGUUGCUGCGAGAAUAUGGCGAGGAGGCGAGGAUGCCUUCGUGA